UUCAGGGUAUCAAUCCCUGCAGCAGCGAUGUGAGUGUGAACAACACGUUCUGUCAAAUAAGUUUAUAAGUUGAAAUUUUAUUGGCAAUGAAAGUAUUGCCCGCCAUUUUCUUUAUUGUGUGUAUAGUGACUGUGCCUCAACGCAUUAGUGCAGCUCAAAAAUCGAGAAGGUGGUGGAACAUCAAAGGUCUUUUCUUGAAGGACCAAAAUCUCUGCCAGGCGAGGUGCACCCGGAAGCACGGCUACUAUUACUCAUCCAGCUCGUUCGAGCCCCACCUCGCGGCCGUCGCCACCAUCCGCUGGAAAGGCAUCAAGUGCUGGUGUGCUGUCCCUCAAAAACUCCUGUCGCUCAUCGAAGAAUCUUACGGCGCAGCACUAGCUAAAAAAUACAGGAGGUAUAACAGGCUGGGCCUCACGGGCCGCGUGAGGAAGCGGAUCAUGGAAAAGUUCGCGGCUCACUAUAUCGAGACGAAACGAGCCAAGUUCCCGAUCUUCAUAUCGCAGGCGAAGAUGGUAAGGGAGUCCUUCAAGCUUUCCGAGUUGGCAUCGGAAUCGCCUUCGAAGAAAAUGGAAGACACCUUGAUUAUCCCGGCAGCUCCAGCCGCGCUCUCGGCCGUUGCCUCUCCGGAGAAGGUCCUGACCCCGCCCCAGAAGAUCCCAACCCCACCCAAAAGAACCGAAACUCCGCCGAAGAUCGAAGUUCUUCCUCCGCCUCCACCUCCGGAACCGCCGAAGUCCCCGCCGAAACCAACGGAGCCGGAGUUCCCCCAGGACCUCGCUGAGGCCGCAGCAAAGAUGAACGCGGUCAACGCUCGUCUUGGAGUAGAUGCGGACGAGUAUAGGAAUCGGAAAAUCGAGCGAGCCCGGUCGCAGCACUUGAGAGAGCAAGGAUUCCUAUGAGCUCGUAUGAUGCGGCCAUAGGUGGUCCUCGAGUGUCGGGCGCGUCAGUGGGGAAACUAGAGUCCCUUUAUACUGAGAGUCAAGACAAUGUGAAUCCAUUUCUGAUUGGUUCCCGU